GCCUCAUGAAGUAAAGUGUGUUUUGACGCCGAACCGAGCAGUGGCUGUGCUUCACGCUGGACCGAAGAAGCAUUACAGUACAUGGAAGUUAUGGAAAAGUGAGCUUUUAUUAAUUCAGUACGCUGCGUAAAAACUAUUUUUGUAACUCGAGCUGUCCCUACUGCUUGAGUAAGAAGAGGGAGGAGCCGCUCGAAUCAACUUGAGUUCAUAUCUUAUCAUAAGACCAAACCAAACCAGCGCCCUGCUGCCUGCGACCACACAACUGCUCCACUGAGGCGAAGCUCACCGAGACAGACCAGAUCAGUCUGCCAACAAACAGCGGCACGAUGGGGGAUUUGAUCUCAACUCAUCUGGAUGAAAGCAAACGGGAGGUUAUAACAGCACGGACAGGAGAGCUGAUGGGAGAGUUUGGCCGGCUCUAUGAACGGCAGUAUGCAGUCGCUCUCUUCAAUCAGAUGCGUUAUGAUGUCGAGGGUGGAGGAGGUCCUCAGCCUCAGCUACUGCACAGGAAGGUGCCUCUUAAGAAUAAAUCCAUCUUCUCUGGAGCUUUAUUUCAAUAUCUAGAAGAGAAUAAAAAGUGGAGAAAUCGUUUUCUCUUUAUUCCUGACUCCUACAACAUCAACUAUUAUGAAAACAAACAGGCCCAUGAGCGAGGGCUGCAUCCAAAAGGCAGCAUUAACUGUGCGGGUUACAGAGUCCUAACCUCUAUGGAGGAAUAUCUAGAGCUCCUAAACACCAGCCUCCCAGGUGUGAAGGCUAAAGUUGGCAGUUCUCCAUUCCUGAAAUGUGCGACUCAGUUCCCUCUCAUCCUCUGGCACCCUUAUGCUCGUCAUUAUUAUUUCUGUGUGGUGACCGAGAAGGAGCAGCAGAAGUGGAGCGCCGUCUUUCAAGACUGUGUUCGGCACACAAACAAUGGUCUGCCUGAGGAGUGUAAAGUUCAGACUCCAGCGUUCACAGAUACAGUGCGGCUCUAUCGACAGGCUCAUGGUCACUAUGGAACCUGGGAUAUGAUGUGUGGGAAGCCUCCACAGAUCCUGGCUAAUCUGGUCAUGGAGACCCUCCUCCCUGAGAUGAGAGACCUCAUAACCCCUAAACUGAAAGGCAAGAUGCACGAGAGACAGAAGAACUGGAUGCUGAUAUCAGAUGCUGUGUAUGGCCUGGUUCAGAGUCAGGCUCAGGCUCAAUAUGAAGUUGUUGUGCAGAGCUGUGAAGCAGGUCGACCUCCUCUGGAAACCACUAUCCGCACAGACAUGGACCAGAUCAUCACUUCCAAAGAACACGUGACCAGCAAAAUACGAGGUCUUGUGUUGCCUAAAGCGGAGAAGCUUCUGAAGGUGAGCAUCCAGCCGUACAUCAGCUCAAUCCUAGAUGCUCUGAUGGAGCCCACGAGCCGAGGCUUCUUCGAGGUGCGAGACCUGUUCUUUAGAGAGCUGGUGGACAUGAGCAAGAACCUCCUUAAUGAUGGAAACAAAGAGAAACUCGGCGAGCACAUGGACAAGAUCUCCAUGCUGGCCUUUCAUCCGGUGAAGAUGCAGAGCGGCUAUGAGAAGAUGGAGAGUCUGAGUUUAGAGGGACUCCAGCAGCGCUUUGACGUUUCCAGCCCGUCUGUGUUUGUCCAGAGAGCUCAAAUCCUGAUGCGAGAGCAAAUGGACGACGCGGUCUACACGUUUGAGCAGCUGUUGCACCAGAGUUUGGAGGACCAGGAAGGAGAAGAUCUCUGUAAAACAAUCCAGCGCUGCCAGGAUCGUGUCAUCAAGAAAUUUGACUACGACAGCAGCACAGUUCGUAAGAAGUUCUUCAGAGAGGCUCUUCUGCAGAUCUUCAUCCCCUACAUGCUGAAACAGCUCUCCCCAUCAUGCUCUGCUGAGCUCCCUCGCUUCCAAGAGCUCAUUUUUGAGGAUUUCUCUCGUUUCAUUCUAGUGGAGAACAUCUUUGAGGAAGUGGUCCUGCACACGGUCAUGAAAGAUAUAAUGAUGGCGGUGAAGGAAGCAGCCAUCCAGAGGAGACACAACCUAUACCGAGACAGCAUUGUUUUAACCAACAGCGAUCCAAACCUUCACCUCCUGGCAGAAAACCCAGGCAUUGACUGGGCUGAGGAGUAUGGAGGAGGCCAGGAGGAGGCAGGUGGAGAACAUGCUGGAGACCCCGAAGCUCAAAAGAGGCGCAGGAUGAAGCAGGUGGUCUCCAUGAUUCAAUUAGAGGGGACCGCAUCAGUGCUGCCCAACGAGUCGUGCCUGGAAGUGCCCACCGUUGGCAAAAUUCCAGAGGAGGAGACCGAGGUACAUUCAGACCCCUCAUUAUCCCAAAAAUCGGAGAAGCAAGUUCCCAACGGAACCAAAGAGGAUGUGAACAGAAAUGCGGUUGAGGAGAAACCAUCGACAUAUAGAAGUCUGCAAAAAGAGGAUGAGAAGAAGACAGAAAGUUCGCCACAGGACACAGAGAGCAAGUCAGCAAUAGAUUGUGCCAUUCAAGAAGUCGACAAAGCAGUUCAGGAAGAGGAACACGAGAACCGGACGCAGAAAGAGGAAACCGAGGUAAAAGCAGACACAAAUUUCCAAGAAAUGGAAGUAAAUACAAAUAAAGAUACACCUUUAGGUUCAGAGGAUUCAGCCGUUAGGGAAGUGGAGGUCGUAACGGCAUCAGAUCAACAGGAAAAUCACAUUACAGAGGGUAUACAAGACUCCCACACGGAAAAGCCCAUCUGUUCAUUACAGCAGGACGACAGUGGAUUCCAGUCGCCCUCUAAUGAAACGACAGUGGAGAAGCAUCCAAUGGGAAAGCAGGAGUGUAAUGACUCUGAAACGGGCGAGGACACUGGGAAAGGAGAAAGUGCACACGUGGAUCACCAGUAAAAAAAAAAUUAUUAAUGUGUUUUUGUGCCUGUAAACAUUGAGGAAAUGCAUCACACACUGCUCUUAAAGGGAUAGUUCACCCAGAUAUGACUAUAAACUCACUGUUUACUCAACCACAAGUAGUUCCAAACCCUUUAUAUGUUUCUUGUUUCUGUUAACACACAAAAAAAAGAUGUUUUGAAGAAUGUUUGACAUGGUAUUAAACAUUUUUCAAAAUAUAUUAUUUCGUGUUCAACAAAAGAAAGAAAUGAUCCAUGUUUGGAAAAGUGCAGGGUAAUUGAUUUAUUUUUGGAUCAACUAUCCCUUUAAAAGACUUCUGACGAGUGACAGGAGUUUAAUUUUCACUAUAGUCUCACAUUUCUGACCUUAUAGAUGUUAUUUAGUGUCUAUUGUAGUGUCUAUUUGUUUUCUUGUUUUGUGUUCACACUGUCACAAUUUUUGCACUUAGAAAAAAAAAAAAUCACGUCACUUAGUUAGAGCUGGACUCAAUUAUAUACACGUCCUACAGUAGGUCAAAAUUUCUCUCUAUUCAUAAAUACGAUAUCCACCUUUAUUAGAAUUCUUCUAUCAUUUCUGAGUGUGCUGAAAGUCAUGACGUAAAGCAGACACAUGAUGCCUGAUGUUAACAGCAUAUGUUGCCUUAUUUAAACGACGUUGUUGCAUCAGAUUUGUUUUUAGUGAUCCAAACCAUCCGCCUUGCUCGGAAUUCAAACUGAAGACACUGACUUUUAUUUUUUCAUAAGCUUUUUUUAAUGUAGAAGUUAUGCUUAAGCAAUUUUUGUCGUUGCUGAAAAUGGCAUAAGGAAGUGUCAGUUUUCUGCACGGAAGACAAUUUUGAUGCUGCGGUUUAGCUGGUAAAGAAUGCAUUAUUUUAAUUCCAGUUCAAAACCGUACAACUGAAUUCAAGUGGUUUUCCGAAUGCUGGCUUUUCCACUGUUGAGUUUUCUUUUUUAUUACUAUUUUUUGUUUGUUUUUAUGUGUAAUUGCAUUAUCAAGUCUCUGGGUUGCAUGUGCACUGUAGUAGUUUUAGUUCAUGCUGAGGAUACUGUGCUGCAGAGGGUUGUGGGUCUUUGUGGAGAUGCGUGUCAUGUUAAGACAGGUGAGUUUUUUUAUCCAGUUGGCCAAAUCAAUUCAUAUUCAUGUUAGUACAGCGCCACUGUCAGAAAACCAGAUACUAAUGUUAGAUCUUUGUAUUUCAAAUUAAAAUGAUUGAUGUGCAAAUAGUUAUCUUGGUGCAUCUGUCCACAAGUUCCUAGUUUCCUCCUUGCUGUUUGAGAUAUUUUUUUAAGUGCAGUUUUAUCUAUAAAAUGACAAGUACUUUAACUUUGAAUGGAUGUAAUUGAAUAUAUUUUCUUUUAUUUAUUAGUUACAAGCACUUGGUACUAUACUGCAUCUUAACCGUUUUAAUUGUAUGCUACACAAAUCCUUUUGUGACUUAUUUUAUUGUUAUCUUUUGGAAAAAUAAACCAUAUUCACUGACA